AUGGCUACCAAAAUCGGCCUCGGUGUUCCCAUGCCUCUCCUUGCACCCGCGACAGCAACCUGGGCCGCGCCCUUUGCAGCCUAUUAUGUUUUCCUGCAGAACCGCAUUGUGUACCACCGACUCACCACCGAGACAUUUAUGGGCGACUCGACAGACAGCACACAAGGAACCAAGGAUCCUCUUUACGUUGCGACGCGGGCGCAGCUCAACUUCGCUGAGAACGUGCCGCUUGCACUGGCCAUUGCGCUGCUUGCUGAGUUGAAUGGGGCGAACCGCACAUACCUGAACUGGGCACUUGGUACCCUGUUCGCGCUUAGAAUUAGUCACGUCGAGCUUGGACUCAUGAGACAGAACUCAAUGGGCCCUGGGCGCAUCAUAGGAUACUACGGGUCACAGGGUGUGCUUGUCGCAUUGGCUGGAUAUACUGCGUAUCUGGUGAAGGAUUUUCUACAAAUCGCUGCAUAA